UGUCACUUUCAUUACGUCAUUUGAUAUUUAUCACAGUUCUUUUUAGCGUUUUUAUUCCUACGUGCAGUAUUGUAUAAUAGAAAGUAGAAUUAAGUGUAAGGUGACAGUGUUAGAUCUAGUCUAGUUGCUCUCCACCGUAAACAGUUCGCGUUCUGUGAUAAAUCGAGUAAAAUACCAUAAAUUGUGUUCAAGUGCCGGUAUAAUAACUUAAAAAAACUCUUAAAAACGUUGAAUCGAUCGAUGAAAAGCCCAUAUGCUGCCUGACUGACAUUACAAUGAUUUACGAUCGUCGUAGAUAAGUGAUUGUGAUAAUUUGGUGAGAAAAAUUUUAAAAAUGUCCUCGAACGAUAACGUUCCCCAAUGGAAAAAGGAGUUGAUAGCGCGUCUCCGAAGCCAAAACAAGCGCACCCAGCAGCUGGUUGUCGAUUCUUCCUCCUCCCAUCAGCCGACGACCAGUUCGGUGCAACAACCUGACGGAGUUGGACGUGAGAGAUGUGGUGGUGAAGUGACGACGAAAAACAUGGUGCAACAAGAAAGGUAUUGGGACGAACUUAUGAGCCAAAAGUCUGAUUCGGACGAAGACUUGCACUAUGGCCCAGGUAUUGUCAGCAAACUCAAAGAGAGGUACCUUAGUCUCGCUCAAAGAGAGAACAAAAAACAAAGACCCACAAUUUUACGUAAAGCCACUUCGUUGGAGAAUAUUUUGGAUGAUGCAGUGGCUGUCAACAGUAAUAAUGAAACAGCAGCUAACCGUUUGUUUGAAACGAGGCUGAACGGAAGCAAUGACACCAACAAGAAUGCGAACAACCGGUAUAGGAGCACAAAACGUGGUGGCUGCGAAAUGAAGAGAGCUCGCUCUGUUGAGACAAUUUCAUCAUCAUCAUCAUCAACGAUCGAAAAAGAAAGCAAAAGGGAAUCAGUACAUGAGGAAAUGCUUAUCACAAUCAACCAGGAAGGAAAUGAUAAGAAAUUAAUCACCACACCACCUAGAGUCAAUCGACCGAAAAGAAUUCCUCCUCUAAUGAACGAAAAAGAAAAACCACCUGUUGAUGUGGUCAAGCAAGCUAAAAUGAUUUUCGAAAGAAGGCCCGAACAAAGAACAAGACCACCUCAACAAACCGGAGAAGUCGCCGCUAAAGUAGCCACUUACAAAAACAUCAUCAGAGCUGCAAAAAAACCAGCAAUCAAAGUUAAACCACUUGUUAUAACCAAUGGAGUUAGGGUCGCUAAUAAACCAAAAGAAUGCGAAAAAACUAAACAAGUCAUUGUAUCUCCAUUGGAAAAAACCUUGCCCAUCAGUCCGAUACCGGACGUUUCAAGAAUCGAUCCAAACGAAGACGCCACAAAUAAAACGUCAAGUCUUUCAGAAACCCCCGAUCUUAUAAUAACCUCUAGUCCCAUUCCAUCAGUAAAUUCACCAUCGUAUCGGAUCUCAGCGACUGAGAAUUUCCUCAAAGAAGAAAUUCGUCUUGCAUCAAUCAGCGAUAAUAGAAAAACGAGCGUAAAAAAUCAUCAUCUUCCACUCCAGCAGAAUAAAAACGUGUCGAAUACUCAAACACCACCAUCUCAACCGCUUAAAUUGGAUAUCAACAACGUAGGUGAAACGAAACCAAAUUUGACAAUUGUUGAAAUUGAAAAAAACUUAAUCAAUACGGCAAAAACAUUAGAAAAAAGUGGUGGUGUAAUUAAAAAUGUUGAACAAGUGACGAUUAGUAAAGUGCCAAAAGUGAAAAAACCACCACGCGAAUUCGAGAAUAACUCCAUCGUUUUUAAGUUUACGGAUAGGAAAGAUGUCCCGGAUUAUGUACAGAAUGAUGGUGUUAAAAGGGUGGCCAAAUUGGAGAAACCAAAGGUGGGCGAAGGUGGUAUUAUUUUGCUUCCUGGUGCCUCGAUUGGAGAAUCGUUUACCGACGAAGAUGAGGAAAUUUUGAGAUCUUUGGAAGGUCCACCAAGUCCCUGUGAUGUCACAUUUGUUAACGAUAACAUACUCAUCGAUGGAAAAUCUAGUCUUAGUCAAAAAACGAAAAAAGCCAAAAUGAAGAUAUCGUUCGUGGAGGAAGGACCGGAGAUUUACGAAUAUCCGUCAGAGUCCUCUUUGCUCAUAGAUGACGUUCCGACGUCUCCACCAAGUGCACAAAUGCGUCAUUCAGUUCCUUCUCUCGCAGGUACAUCAUCACUGGCAAAUUACACGCCGAAAAGUACCGAAGAGUUUCAACCGGGAGUAACACGAAGUGUUCAAAUCGUGUCGACUAAACACGAAAAUACCGACACCGAACCGACUUUACAACAAAUCGAAAAACCAAUUUUAUUUAGUGCCGGGGCCAAUUCUGAUAUACUUUUCUAAUUCCAUUCCAACGGACCAUAAAUAAUUUGUAAUCGAUUUUUACAUUUUAAACGUUAAUUUUAGUUUAACUAAGGUAUGUAUUACUACUGUGGUAAGUUUGAUUGAAUUCAUUCCACUUUAAAUUUGUUCGAAAUUCUGUGAUUCAAAACAGUGUGAGUUUUUGUAAAUUUUGUUGUAACUGCUUUGUAAACAUUUAUUUAAAUUGUAUCGUCGAGUGUAUUACUGUUUUCUUUUGCAAAAUAUACACAAAUUUGAAUAAA